CUUUAAAAAACAAAUGCGCACUUUGACAGAUGCUAAUUAAGUAGUGUCAAAAUUAUUGGCAAAACUUAAUUGCGUCAGCACGGUCCUAUGAAAUUUUAGUUCCGGGUCCUCAGACUGUGCUGAUUACAAGAUUGUGGUUAGGUUUCAUUAGAGCAGGUUAGAGGCGCGCCAUUUUGUGCGUGUGUCAACUGGGGUGUGCGGCUUGUCGGAUGGUGUUGGAGAACCACAAAGAUGUUGCAUAAUCUUUUCUAUUAAAUUAUUAAACAAAUACGGUGUGUGUGUGUGAUAGAAAAAACGCAAUAUACGUUACAAUGGGUGAAAGUACAGGUAGCUUGCCUUUUCCUCGAUGGCAAAUCGCGGUGGCUUUGGGAGCGACUGGGGUCGUUGGUUUAGGUUAUUGGUACCUGCGGCAACAAUCGACCCAAAGCAAGAGGAAUGCUUUAAUAAACAACAUCAAUUCGGUAUCAAUUGAGGAUGUCCAACAAGAUCCUGUUGAUGAGAGCCCAUUGCAAAAGGCACAGAGGUUAAAGAAUGAAGGAAAUUUACAUUUUAAGAAAGGACAUUACAAGGAAGCUAUUGACAUGUAUAACAAGGCUAUAAGUGAAUGUCCUGAAGGUAGUGAUUCAGAUCUAUCAACAUUUUAUCAAAACAGAGCAGCAGCCCAUGAACAAUUGAAAGAGUGGGAAAUUGUCAUUGAAGAUUGUUCUAGUGCAUUGAAACUUAAUGUUAAAUAUGAGAAGGCAUUGUAUAGGAGGGCUAAAGCAUAUGAGAUUCUAAAAGAUUGGGAAAACUGUCUAGAUGAUAUAACAGCUGUAUGCCUUAUCCAAGGCUUUCAAAAUCAGAAUGCUCUGCAAAUGGCAGAUAGGGCUCUCAAGGAAUUGGGCAAGAAGCGUGCUUCAGAUGCCAUGAAGACGCGCCAACCUCAGCUGGCUUCUAAGCAGUUCAUUAAAACAUACUUCACGUCAUUUUCGCAAGAUCCUGUCUACAAAUUUUUGAUGAAAACUGAUGAACCUAUGGGCGAAGGAGAGCUGAAAGGUUUCUUGAAGGCAAAGAUGCUGUUCGCAACCGAAAAAUUCGAUGACAUUAUUGCUGCUUGCACCGAAGAAAUAAAUUCUAGUGAAUCUGAGUCAAAGUAUAUCUUCGAAUCGUUGUCUUUGCGAUCCGCAUUUUAUAUGUUGUGCGGUCGGCAACAGGAUGCGCUUGAUGAUAUGAACACUAUUAUCAACUCGAAUGAUGUCGAUGAGAAAAUUAAAAUCAAUUCCAUCAUCAAGAGAGCAUCUUUGUACAUGCAACGCGGCGACAUUGAGACUUCUCUUGCCGAUUUCCAGAAAGCCGCCGAAUUAGGACCAGAAAUUGCAGAUGUGUAUCACCACAGGGGACAAAUUUAUUUAUUGAUGGAAAGAAAUAAUGAAGCUCGUGAUGACUUCGAUAAAGCUGUUAAACUAAAUCCGAACUUCGCUAUAGCCGUCGUCCAAAAAUGUUAUGCAUAUUAUAGAUUCGCUCUUAUGUCGCAAGAUAUCGAAUUGUUGAUGAAGGUUAUGGAAGACUUUAGAAAGUGUACUGAAAAAUUCAAUACAUGCUCCGAAGCUUAUGUGCUUUACGGCCAAGUUCUUGCCGAGCGACAAGAAUACGAGCAGGCCGAUGCUUUGUAUGUGAAGGCCAUCGAACUUGAACCAAAAAAUGCGACCAUCUUAGUUCAUCGCGGUUUGCUGCAUUUACAAUGGAAAGGAACCGUCGAAUCGGCAAUCGAUUUAAUGAAACAGGCCGUCAAAUUGGAUAAUAAAUGUGAAUUUGCUUAUGAAACGUUAGCUACAGUUGAAGUGCAAAGGGGUAAUUUGGUAAUAGCAAUUGAUCUCUUCAAUAAUGCUAUAAAUUUAGCUAGAACAGAAACUGAAAUGUCGCAUUUGUACUCAUUACGGGAUGCUGCUGUGAGUCAACUGAAGGUUACCACAAGGCUUGGACUUGGGCAGAUGCUCAACAAAAUGGGUGCUUAAGAAAAUUGAAUUUCCUUUUUUUUAUGUUGAAAGAGUGAAAUUAUAUAUCCUUCCAUUGGGGUUGCUCUCGUUGGAAAUAAAAGUAAGGCAGCAUCAAUGGUAACAGUUCCACAUGUUUUUUUUUUGUUAUAAUUUCUAAAGAUUUUUUAUUUUACUAAAGAAAAACCCACAGGAUUUGGCGCAUUCCUAUGAAAGUGUAUUUUUUUUCUACUGUAGUGAUUCCUAGUUCCAAUUCAUUGUUAACGAUAGAAUUAGUUUGUUAAUAAAAAGAAAAUCGGUAAAA